AUGGACCGACCUUUUCCAGGGACUGUGGAUGUGGAGAAACUACGUUACCCAGAAUGCUCAGCGCGGAACGGCAGCAUUGCUGUGUGGUGGGUUUACCUCCGACACGGCGACGCCGUCCGGGGGGCCCGCGCCAGGGCCGGGACAGGGACCGCCGUGCCCGGGUCCCCUCCUCUCCCGCCGCUCCCGGCCCCGGUCCGUCCCCGGAGUCCGAUGGCGGCGGCGGCGCGGAGGGAGCCGGCUCAGGUUCCCAUGACUGCAGAAGUGCUUAUGGAACCCACACAGAAACAGCACAUUGGAGAGAAACUCUUCAGAAGCCAAGUGGACAGAGCCUUGUUUGUUAAGAACUGCAAAUUCAAUGUGUCAGGAAAGCCAUUCAUCUUCAGGGAGAUUAGGAAGGACAUUUUGGUCAGCUCUGGAUUUCUCCAACAACAGGCCAUUCACACCAGGGAGAAGUCAAAUAGCAGAACCAUGUGUGUGGCAGCCUUUCAGAGAGGAAAAACUCAUUAUAAGUGGGGAGAAUGCACGAAUGUCUUUAGCCACAAACACUUUCAGCACCAGAGAGUGCUCACUAGGGAAAGAUGUUUUAUGUGCAAUGAAUGUGGGAAAUCAUUUAGCAAAAGCUGCAGCUCAAUACAUCAGAAAGUUCACACUGGAGAAAGACCUUAUGAGUCUGGGAAAUGUGAGAAGUUAUUCAACAAGUCCCACUCCAUUGAACACCUAAGACGCAACACUGGAGAAAGGCCUUAUGAUUGUGGGGAAUGUGGGGAAUCAUUUAGGAACAAGUACCACUUCACUGAACAUGGAAGAAUUCACACCAAAGAAAAAGCUUUUAAAUGUGGGGAGUGUGGGAAAUUAUUUAGCCGGAAGUUUCACUUCAAUGAACACUGGAGAGUUCAUACUGGAGAAAGGCCAUAUGAGUGUGGAGAAUGUUGGGAAUCAUUUAGGACCAAGUCUCACCUCGUUGUACACCAGAGAGUUCACACUGGAGAAAGGCCAGUGUGA